UGCGGGGACAGUGAAUCGAAGUGGUUUAAGCAAAAUUUCAGUUCGUUAAUAUUAUGCAAUUCUAUGCGGCUGUUUCACACAUAGUUACAGUGAAAUAUUUUUAUGACAGCGUAAAGCUGCUUUAUUUCAACCGCCAUGGCAUUAAGAUACUUACUCUUAUAUUUUCCGAUAUCUUAUGUUUUUGUCAAUGACUUGUUUCAAAAAAGAUAAACCUUUAGGAUUAAUCGUCCGAAGGUAUUUAUAAAUUGUGCAAACUUUUGAGUGACCAUGGUGGGAUUAACAUAUUUAUAUUAAUUUAUUUUUUUAAGAUUUAAAAUCGUAUUUUUGUCAGUGUUCGCCGGGAUAGCUUAUCGUUAUGAACAAUAACAAAAUCAAAUAUUUGAGCUUUUCUUCAGAAUUAAGGAAGUGUGAGGUAAAUGAGAUUUAUUGGUUUUGAAUAUUGGCUUUUACAGGAAUAUUAUUACAAUUUUAAAGUGACCAACACAUACGGAAAUGGAUCAUUAUAGUGUUGUGAACUCGUUGAAAUAUUUUAACUAACUUUUUGUGGAUUAUUUUCAAGUAAUUGUGAAGGGUUUGUUUAAAAUGAACGAUAAUGGCUCAUUUUAUAAAGCCCUUUAAAGGUGUUGAAUAUCAUCAGAAUCUACUGACUGUAAAUAGGAAACAAACUGGCAUGUAUUAAAACUGAUUAACUAUAAAUCUAUAUUGUAAACAGUACUGGAGUUUUAACUUAUUGUUGAUACAAAUAUAAAACAAAACAUCCCAAGCAAUGACAAGUCUGUUGAGAUCGGUCGGAGCUCCGAAUCCUACCAGCAGUAAUAGCUUUUCAAGCGCUUUUACUGGAAGUUCAACACAGAGGACUCCCCGGCGCCAACAGCCUUCAUUGCUCGAACUUUCGCAAACCGGAAAUAACUUUCGCAGCAGUGACCUUGAACGGAAGUACAGAUCAAGGUCGGAGGACGUAGCACGCGUGGAAGAGGAGCGUGAAAAACGGAAGAGAAAGACAAUAAUCAACCGGAGCAACUCCGUCAGUUAUCGUGAUGAAAUUGAUGCAAAGUCACCGCGGAAAACAGGUUUGAAACUUAAUCAAGAUCCUAUGGCGGUUGACGAAGACGUUUUAACAGAAAUAUUUGAUCGAGACAGGCGUGUUCGCUUCAGUGAUAGUAGUUCGGACGGUUCAGCGGGUCGGCCGCCAAAAAAACUCAGACCGACAGACCAAGAUGCUGGCGCUUCGGCAACUGGGGUUUCGCACCAGGUAAAAGGCGUCCGAAAGAAUGCUGUCCGCUUACAAUCGCUAACCAACCUUUCCCCUAAAGCUGGAGAGAAGGCGGAAGCGGCUGCGGAGUCAACCGGAACUCGCCAAUCGCGCGUGGAAGCUGCUAGACAGAGGGCCAGAAUCUGGACAGAAACGUAUUCCGAUCCGGGCAGAGAAAAAGAACGCAUUUUUAAAUCCAUCGACAAUGAGAAGAUCAUGCAGGGACGACCGCUCAAUAGAGCGCCCGGACGGUUUCCGGUGGCGGCCAGGCAUGAUGCACGGCCCAAAGCGGCGGACAAAGGGAAGCGGUUGCAGUCACUGCCUUCUAAGAAAGAGGAACAUGCUUCCAUGGUCGAAGACCGUAACGCGACAUCGGCACCAUCGAAGGAACAGCAAGGGGGCUGUCAACCCAUGCCCCAGAUCAAUAACCUUGUUGGCAAGGAACAAACAACUGCUACCGCCACCUCAGUAAAUCAUAAACCGAGCCAAGAGCAUCUGCCAGUCAAACAGCAACAGCCACAGAAACCGGAAAUGGCCAAAAUAUCUCCAAUAGAAAAAGAGCGAGAACGGAAACCCCAACCGGAUGUGAAGACAAAUUCAGACGGUAGUGGAAGAACAACGGCAGCUGGUGCGAAGGAUGACGGAAAGCGAACGGUGGCAGCUCGCGAGGAAAGGAAGUCUGUAAACAUGCCAGGCGCGGCCGGUCGCAGUACACAACAAGAUGACCGAAAACGGUCCGAAACAUUUACCAAAAGCGUCGACGUGGCGGGUGGAGGGAAGGAAACAUCUACAGCAAAACAAGGUUACCGGAAGUUACCGCCAGAUGACCACGGGCCGGCCGAACCUCCAAGGCUUCCUUCAGUGACAGUUCCGCUAAAGACGGCGGAACCCACACGUCAGCCGUCACCGGAACCGGAUCCGCGUCACGUGUUGACCGUCAGGCAACAGCAGGCGGAGGCGGACCGGAAGCGCGCCCGCGAGCAGAAAGAACGACAACUGGAAAAUCAGAGACAAAAAGAGAAGGAGCGCGAAAUUACAAUCGAAGCAUCGCCGCGCAGAGCAACUUCCGAGAAAACUGACAAAAGUUGGUCAACUAUUAAGUCGAGUAAACAAAAUCCAGCAGCCAGUUCCUUACAGCCAGCGAUGAAGUCUAAAACGUCAAUGGAAAUUUCGCAAGUCCCGCCAUUAGAAAUGUCGGACCGGAAACGAAGGGAGGUUACUAUUGUAGAUCCGAAAACUAUGAAAGCGUAUGACACUGAAGAGGGUGAAAUUAUGGAUGAAGCGUUUAUGCACGAAUAUGAGUACAAGCACGGUGCGGAUUUACAUUCUAAGACAUUUAAUGAAAUGACAGAUGAAGAAAAAAUAGAAUACUUUAGAGACUAUAUGAAAAUGAGACCGGAACAAAUUCGCGAGUUAACGUUUCACCCAAGAGUUACGGAGCCUAAAACUAUCCACAGAGCUUACACGGGCGUUGACGUAGGCAAUUGGGGCAGAAAUAGAGUUAAGUCAAGUACACGGCCAAAAUCUCGUAGAGUUAGCGUGUAUAAGAAAGUAAAGACUGUCGCGCCACCGCAAAGGAAGGCGUUCGUACAUAGUAGGUUACAAGGCGUGGUUUAUAGACACAUUAAUAAAGUUUACGGCGCAUCACCGCGCGAAGAACGAGAAAAACGUUUCUUUGAGAAACUUGCGCGGGUUCAAAUGGAUGAUAUGCAGCAUCAGUAUGAACUGUUGGCAGAUCGGGAGCGGCGAACGUUCGAGGCCAAGCUACGACAACGUGAUCAAUUAAAACGUGUACGCAAAAAGUUCGAGGAAGACUCAUGGCGACGUUUCAUGACACAGUACGUGACCUCAAAGGUUGUCGAAUCGGAGUAUAGUAAUAGACAGGACUAUGGACUUCCAAACAAUAUUUCACGCGGACGUCCGCAUCAUGCUAACCCCUAUGCAAGAAGUCAACGUCAAAUGUAUGCGUUGACGCCAAAUCGACGUCAAAAACUGAACCAGAAAAAGUUCUCAAGCAUGUUCAAAUACAAUAUGGGCCCCGAGUAUAAGGCUGGAGGGAAACCAAUGAAGUUUGAAGGAAUUGACACCGUCUACAUUGAUACGGAAGAUGAGCAAGCUGAAGAAAACUACCAACAGAAAUCAAUUCCAGGUCAGCCCAAACGCAAGAAGCAGAACGUUGAUGCCAUUAUGCGGGAGGCGAAACGUAUACUUGACCAGUCAGACAACGAAGACAUUGACGAUGAGCCUGAGCGCAUUCGUCCUAAACCACGUGACCGACAACGCCCAGCUAGGCCACGCCCACAACACCGCAGAUCCCGUGACGUGAGAAGCGAUCGCGACGAUCGGUCAUCAAUGACAACCACGACGAAAUCAGGUCACACGGGGGUUAGUGGGACUUCGAGAACAACGGGAUCUCGUAAACCAGCGCCUUCCAAGAACAUCAAAGAUAUUAUAAGUACUCGCCGCAAGGAACGCUAUCAAGCUACUUCGUUUGAAACGAUGAAAGAGAAUUUGUUGAAAGACAGUGACACUCUUAACCGUAGUAAUAAUGUCCAAAAGUUCACCGCUCAUUCCGAUAAGUCGCCCGAUGAAGGGUAUUCUUCGAAAGUAUCUGAGAGUGUUAAGAGCGAAGAAAAUGCUCGACCUAUCGGACGAAGUAUGCGGACGCCUCCGGAUUCCCCGGUGCAGAAAAAUGUUACAAAGACCACUGUUACAAAAGUAACUAAAACAACGCACACUGGUGGAAAGAAAGACGAUGAUACAGUUAGUACAGCGAGCAAGUGGAAAGUUAACGAAGGCAAUGUUUAUCUUGAUCAUACAGAGACUCAGAUGGGCUCUAUGAACCAAAAGUCUGAUUCCACUACUAAACGAAUUCCAAGUCGAACACCCAGUCGUGUUUCAAAAGCCUCAUUUAGACAGGAAUCAAAACUGCCUUCACACUCUGAAUCACCAACAAAAGACAAGAAUCUUUCCUUAGAUACAAAGCAAGCAAGUCGCGCACCAUCACGAAUUAGCGAGCAACUAGCAAGUAAAGAAAAUAAAAAUGCAAAAAGAGCGCCGUCAAGGACUAGUUUUGCAAAUAACGAUGCUAGUGUUGCUACGAACACUUCAAAUAAAACCACGGUUACAACUACAACAACAACUGUUACCCAAGAAAACAAACGGACUCCCUCUAACACCGAUUCUAGAACUGCGCCAAAGGACAAUUCAAGUGCAGUCUUUCUCACACAGACAGGUGAUGAUGACGAGGAGAAAAGUCACAGUGACGUUACAGCCAUUGAUGCUGUAAAUGAAGUAAACAGAAGCUUUCAUGAAGAUUCGGUAACUAAAAAGACCCCAUCUGUUAAUGCAUCGAGAGAGACAAUAAGCGCGGGCAGGUCCUCAGUGAUGGGUAGUCAAUCGCAAAACAAGAAACCAUCAAGUAUCCUCGUUUCGAAAAACACCCCAACUGGUGCUAAUGGUUCGUUGAGAGAAAGCGAAAAACAACCCAAAAGGGUUAGUGUUGUAGAUAAUCCGCACCGAAGCGAGACUCCGGUUCAGUCUGAUUAUAGAAAUAUGAAUGGACAUGCUUCCCCAUAUGCAAAAUCAACUACAAGUGAUAAGCCAGUGCCAAAAACUUCAGUAACGCAUAAUGUUAAUAAAAGAGUUACUGAGAAAGUAGUCGAGCAUGAAUAUGAAAGAGGGCAUGGUGCUCAUCCCAAUCAAGUUAAAAAGGUACCUCAGAAACAGAAUGAACCGACAAAAAACUUAGACAAUGAUGCAUUAGUUUCUAAAAAGAUAACGUACCAAGACAGAAAUAAACAAACACUAGUCUCAAAUCCAAAACUUAAAAGAUUGUCUAAAGAUUCUGGACAGACAAAUCAGACUCGUCCAUCGCGAUCGCGAACGCCGAUAGGGGAUGGCCGAACCGCGGUUAAUGGGGAUAUUAAAAUGAAUCGCGAUGAAUACGAGAAAAAAAACGCGGGUAAACCUAAGAAAUCAACCGGUCGGCGUUCAAAGAGUCCUGGGACGCGCAAACGAUCGAGUUCCAGCGGUAGAAAAGGAAGAGGGAGAAAAAGGUCAACUUCUGGCGAACGCGCAAGAAAGAAGUCUACAUCUAGAGAAAGGAAGCAUGCUGUUACACCUUCUCGGUUUCCAGAUAUACAGAAGAAAAACGGUAAAUGGGAGGUCAGUGUCCAAGAAGAGGAGAAGGUGACUGAAGUGGCACCCGCGGCGAGUCAAUGGCGAGAUUUGGUGAAUAAGUAUAUUCGUCAGCCCAGCCCAAAGGUCGGCAGAACAGAUGAUAGAUCGUUAUUGGAUUCUAAUUUGGAUACGGACGACGAGGAUGAAGAUAUCUUUACGCGAAUGCAGAAAAGAUACGAUCUUAGUGUUAACAGUGAUUCAGAUCGCGAUUAGUCUCAUAUUAAACUGCAUGUUGUAUGCUGUUCAAUGUAAUGUUCAAAUUAAGGUAAAAUCAGAUCGAGAACGUGGUAGAAAUUAUUAAAGAUCAUAGAGCAACCAUUCACAUUUACGCGUGCGGUCUGUGUCAUUGCACUGUUAUUCAAACGUCUUUUUACGGAACAUGGGUGUGCUCCGUAAUGGGUUUGAAUGCAUAAUGACAUGUAUGCUCUCUAUAAACACUGCCAAAGUAUAUAAAAACAACCAAUGAACGUGUUAUUCACUUUUGCGUUUGAUGAUUUAGGAUCACUGGAAAGGAUAUCUCUAUAAUUUUAUUAUUUGUUGGCUUUCAAAUGAUCAAAUCGAAAACGACGAUGCAAAUGCUUAAUGUAGUUUAAGCAUAAUGCAUGUGAUAUGUAGAUUUAAUAAAGACAUAGGAUUUAUUUACAUUUACCUUAUUUGUGUUUUAGUAUUAGUUACUGUACUUAAGAAAAUGUUAUAUGUUAUUAGAGAUAUAUAGAUUUUAUAAAACAUAUAUAUUGAAUCAAAAGUGCUGAACUCAUUAUAGAGAAUCCAUGAUUUGUGUGUAUUUAUUGUCAGUGUGGAUAUACCAUCGUCAUGCAAAGUACUAAAUUGUAUUUAAAAUUUAUUGCUUUAUGUUAGAACACAUAUUUUGUAUAGUUUUAUUUCUUACUUUUCUGUGAUAAAUGAUAAUAAAACACCACGAUAUAGA